UGUAGUUCGGACUCUUGCCCGAACGAGGCCGUCGGGCGGCGACUCGGAGGUCCGAGGCAGUCCCCCGCCUUCCGCGCUUGGCUCGGAGGAUGGAUCCCGGGCCCGGGCCCGACGCAGCGCCGCUGAGUGGCCUGGCCUGGUCGUCGGCCUCGGCGCCCCCGCCGCGGGGAUUCAGCGCGAUAUCCUGCACCGUGGAGGGCGCGCCCGCCAGCUUCGGCAAGAGCUUCGCGCAGAAAUCUGGCUACUUCCUGUGCGUCAGUCCCUUGGGCAGUCUCGAGAAUCCGCAGGAGAACGUGGUGGCCGAGAUCCAGGUUCUGGUGGACAAGAGCCCCCUCCCGCCCGGCUUCUCCCCGGUGUGCGACCCCCUGGACUCCAAGGCCUCCGUGUCCAAGAAGAAACGCAUGUGUGUGAAGCUGGUGCCCCUGGGGACCGCGGACACGGCUGUGUUUGAUGUGCGGCUGAGUGGGAAGACCAAGACGGUGCCCGGAUACCUGCGAGCAGGGGACAUGGGCGGCUUUGCCAUCUGGUGCAAGAAGGCAAAGGCCCCUCGGCCGGUGCCCAAGCCCCGGGCUCUCAGCCGGGACAUGAGGGGCCUUUCCCUGGACCUGCCCGGCCAGCCCAGCAGGGGCAGCUUCCCGGAGCGGGUGCUGUCGAGGCUGGGCUCUCGAGCUUCCACGCUGCGGAGGAGCGACUCCAUCUACGAGGCCUCCAGCCUGUAUGGCAUCUCAGCCAUGGAUGGGGUUCCCUUCACGCUGCACCCCCGGUUUGAGGGCAAGAGCUGCGGGCCCCUGGCCUUCUCUGCAUUUGCCGAUCUGACCAUCAAAUCGCUGGCGGACAUUGAGGAGGAGUACAACUACGGCUUCGUGGUGGAGAAGACAGCGGCUGCCCGCCUGCCCCCCAGUGUCUCGUAGCCCUUCGCCAGCCCCAGGGAAGAGCCCCCUGCCU